CCGUGUUUUGUGGUGGUAGGAAGAACCGUCUGAGUCAAUAGAAGAAAUGGCAACUAUGAUUGCGUCGUUUGUCCUUGCAUUAGGCCUGGUGCUGGGUGCCUCUGCACAGUACGAAAGCCACGCCAGAAUCCCAGAGCCGCGGAUUAAUCGUGCCGUGACGGAGACCGUGACGAGGACGGAGACGGUGACCCACACGUUCCGCGUGACGACGACGAGCGACAUCUGGGUGACGGAGAGCACCUUUGUGGAACUCCCCGUGACGAUUUACACGACGGAGCGCGACUUCGUGCCCGAGGUGCCCAGGACGGUGACCUCGGUGCUCAGGGUAACCACCACACCGGUCUUCGUUAAAACCGCCGAGGAAUUCGUGAAUCCCUCCCGCACCUUCGUCUCCGUCUACACCAGCUUUGUUACCACCACCGAGACCGUUAAAUUCUGGCAGAGCAUCUAUCACGUCUCUACUGAUUACCAGAUAACGACCCUACCGGUUUGGACUACGCAGGAACUUAUCCAGCACGUGGUCACCACCACAACCCGUUACGUCACAAACGUUGUUACUUCUACACAGCUUUACGGUCAUUAAUGACGCAUAAUUUACAAUAAAC